UGAAAAUCAAAGAUUCAAAUCUUAACCCAAUAUGUUGCCAACUCAUCCCUAGUUGUUUCCUUCUCCCUCUUUAUUUCCCAUUAAAAGAUCCAACGGUCCUAAUCAUACUAUAAUUGGGUUUUCGAACAUUCUAGAACACCCAUCACUAUAAAACCUUCAUCUUUACCUACUUCAUUCUCCCUCGUAAAAAAACCCUAGUUCUCUAAUCGCAUUCUUUCUUCCUCCAAAAUCCGCCGACAGAAAGUGAGUAAAAGAGAUGGCCGGUAAAGGAGAAGGACCGGCGAUCGGAAUAGAUCUCGGAACUACGUACUCAUGUGUUGGUGUAUGGCAACAUGAUCGUGUUGAAAUCAUUGCUAAUGAUCAAGGUAAUAGGACGACGCCAUCAUAUGUUGGUUUUACGGAUUCUGAACGGCUUAUUGGUGAUGCUGCCAAAAAUCAAGUUGCCAUGAACCCUAUCAACACCGUUUUUGAUGCUAAAAGGUUGAUUGGUAGGAGAUUCAGUGAUGCCUCUGUGCAGAGUGACAUUAAGUUAUGGCCAUUCAAGGUUGUUGCUGGUGCUGGUGAUAAGCCCAUGAUUGUUGUCAACUACAAGGGAGAGGAGAAGCAGUUUGCUGCUGAGGAGAUCUCAUCUAUGGUGCUCAUUAAGAUGAAAGAGAUUGCUGAAGCUUUCCUUGGAUCAACUGUUAAGAAUGCUGUGGUUACUGUUCCUGCCUACUUCAAUGACUCUCAACGUCAGGCCACCAAGGAUGCUGGUGUUAUUUCAGGCCUAAAUGUGAUGCGUAUUAUCAAUGAGCCUACAGCAGCUGCCAUUGCUUAUGGUCUUGAUAAGAAGGCAACCAGUGUUGGUGAGAAGAAUGUGCUCAUCUUUGAUCUUGGUGGUGGUACAUUUGAUGUCUCUCUUCUCACAAUUGAGGAAGGUAUCUUUGAGGUGAAAGCUACUGCUGGUGACACCCAUCUUGGAGGUGAGGACUUUGACAACAGAAUGGUCAACCAUUUUGUUCAGGAAUUCAAGAGGAAGAACAAAAAGGAUAUCAGUGGUAAUCCUAGGGCACUCAGGAGGUUGAGAACUGCAUGUGAGAGGGCAAAGAGGACACUUUCAUCCACUGCUCAGACCACCAUUGAAAUUGACUCUUUGUAUGAGGGUAUUGAUUUCUACUCCACCAUCACACGUGCUAGAUUUGAAGAGCUUAACAUGGAUCUGUUUAGGAAGUGUAUGGAACCAGUUGAGAAGUGUUUGAGGGAUGCUAAGAUGGACAAGAGUACAGUUCAUGAUGUUGUUCUGGUUGGUGGCUCCACUAGAAUCCCAAAGGUUCAACAACUUUUGCAGGACUUUUUCAAUGGAAAGGAGCUCUGCAAGAGCAUCAACCCUGAUGAGGCCGUUGCUUAUGGUGCUGCAGUGCAAGCUGCAAUUUUGAGUGGUGAGGGUAACGAGAAGGUGCAGGACCUUUUGCUGUUGGAUGUUACCCCUCUAUCACUUGGUUUGGAAACUGCUGGAGGUGUCAUGACUGUAUUGAUUCCCAGAAACACCACUAUUCCUACCAAGAAGGAGCAGGUCUUCUCUACCUACUCGGACAACCAGCCUGGUGUGUUGAUUCAAGUGUAUGAAGGUGAGAGAACAAGGACCAGGGACAACAACUUGCUUGGCAAAUUUGAGCUCUCUGGCAUUCCUCCUGCACCCAGGGGAGUUCCUCAAAUCACAGUGUGCUUUGACAUCGAUGCCAAUGGUAUCUUGAAUGUCUCUGCCGAGGAUAAGACCACCGGACAGAAGAACAAGAUUACCAUCACAAAUGACAAGGGCAGACUCUCAAAGGAGGAGAUCGAGAAGAUGGUUCAGGAAGCAGAGAAGUACAAAUCUGAGGAUGAGGAGCACAAGAAGAAGGUUGAGGCAAAGAAUGCUUUGGAGAACUAUGCAUACAAUAUGAGGAACACAGUGAAGGAUGAGAAGAUUGCGUCCAAGCUGUCCGCUGAUGACAAGACGAAGAUUGAGGAUGCCAUUGAGCAAGCCAUCCAAUGGCUCGAUGGUAACCAGCUUGCUGAGGCUGAUGAGUUUGAGGACAAAAUGAAGGAGAUCGAGAGUCUUUGCAACCCAAUCAUUGCAAAAAUGUACCAGGGAGCAGGUGGUGACAUGGGUGCUGGCAUGGAUGAUGACGGUCCUGCUCCUAGCGGCAGCAGUGGUGCUGGUCCCAAGAUUGAGGAGGUGGACUAAGUUGGUGGUGCUUAAUAUUGUUUUAAUUCUUAGUUUUAAAGACCUAUAAUAUUUUUGUUUCAAAGAUUCUGCGUAGCAGUUGGUUUAUGGCAGACACUUUAUGACUUUCA